AUGACGGGAUUGUUACCCAAGCCGCGAUUGUCUUCUGUUGUUGAUGUGAGGUCACCCAAGCCGCGAUUGUCUUCUGUUGUUGAUGUGAGGUCACCCAAGCCGCGAUUGUCUUCUGUUGUUGAUGUGAGGUCACCCAAGCCGCGAUUGUCUUCUGUUGUUGAUGUCAGGUCACCCAAGCCGCGAUUGUCUUCUGUUGUUGAUGUGAGGUCACCCAAGCCGCGAUUGUCUUCUGUUGUUGAUGUCAGGUCACCCAAGCCGCGAUUGUCUUCUGUUGUUGAUGUGAGGUCACCCAAGCCGCGAUUGUCUUCUGUUGUUGAUGUCAGGUCACCCAAGCCGCGAUUGUCUUCUGUUGUUGAUGUCAGGUUACCCAAGCCGCGAUUGUCUUCUGUUGUUGAUGUGAGGUUACCCAAGCCGCGAUUGUCUUCUGUUGUUGAUGUCAGGUCACCCAAGCCGCGAUUGUCUUCUGUUGUUGAUGUCAGGUCACCCAAGCCGCGAUUGUCUUCUGUUGUUGAUGUCAGGUCACCCAAGCCGCGAUUGUCUUCUGUUGUUGAUGUCAGGUCACCCAAGCCGCGAUUGUCUUCUGUUGUUGAUGUCAGGUCACCCAAGCCGCGAUUGUCUUCUGUUGUUGAUGUCAGGUCACCCAAGCCGCGAUUGUCUUCUGUUGUUGAUGUCAGGUUACCCAAGCCGCGAUUGUCUUCUGUUGUUGAUGUCAGGUCACCCAAGCCGCGAUUGUCUUCUGUUGUUGAUGUCAGGUCACCCAAGCCGCGAUUGUCUUCUGUUGUUGAUGUCAGGUCACCCAAGCCGCGAUUGUCUUCUGUUGUUGAUGUCAGGUCACCCAAGCCGCGAUUGUCUUCUGUUGUUGAUGUCAGGUCACCCAAGCCGCGAUUGUCUUCUGUUGUUGAUGUCAGGUCACCCAAGCCGCGAUUGUCUUCUGUUGUUGAUGUCAGGUUACCCAAGCCGCGAUUGUCUUCUGUUGUUGAUGUCAGGUCACCCAAGCCGCGAUUGUCUUCUGUUGUUGAUGUCAGGUCACCCAAGCCGCGAUUGUCUUCUGUUGUUGAUGUCAGGUUACCCAAGCCGCGAUUGUCUUCUGUUGUUGAUGUGAGGUCACCCAAGCCGCGAUUGUCUUCUGUUGUUGAUGUCAGGUCACCCAAGCCGCGAUUGUCUUCUGUUGUUGAUGUCAGGUCACCCAAGCCGCGAUUGGCUGUGGAAGCUGUCAUUGGCAGGAUGUGA